AUGGUCGAGCCAGUCGUGGCGGCCGACGGGCAGUCGUAUGAGCGGACGGCGAUCGAGCGCUGGCUCGCGACCAAGUCGACGAGCCCGCUGACCGGCGGCGAGCUCGAGCGUAGCAUCUUAAUCCCGAACCACAAUUUGCGCCGGACGAUUCGAGAGUGGCAGGAGGCGCGGGCGCCUUUCUCCUUUUGCGCGUUGGGUUCACUGUGCGCGUGUCUCGAGCGUGUUUGCGUGAAAAACCUCGGACAUUUUACCAACUCCUUGGCGACGGCUAAGCAGUGCGCAAGUCCACCCGAACUCUAG